GCGGUUAUUACUCUAUGUCUAUGACUACGCUGAUAUAGAACUACAUAUAUAUAAACCUGCCUGGCACCAAGUGGCAUACACGAUGUAAACGGUGUCAUGUUGAAGCUCAGUGGUCCUUUUUUAAUAUCCUGUAUUAUAGGAAGAAUACGGUUUGCUGAAGUUAGGGAGUUUGCUUUGCUAUCUUUAGCCUGGAUUAAACAGUAAAAAGCUGUCCGCAGAUUGUGUAGAGCAAAAACACACAACGUUAGCAGUGUCAGUGCGGUCGCAUUUUUCUGCUAGCAAUAUCUAACAACUGAUUUGAGUGCAGUAAGUCCGCGUUAGCAAGCCCGCUAUUGUGGCUAAGUUUUGAGUAACUUUGUUUCAGGCUACUUCAAGGGACCAUCGUCAAACUUGUAGAAACCAGCAGAGGGAGUGUUGUACAUGGUCAUACUCUCACGGCGCCACUUUAAGUGAAAGGGGGAGCCUUGAAACCUCCAUGUUUGUAUCUUGAAAUUGCGAGCAGAGUUGAGCACCAUAUUGAAUCAAAGUUGCCAACUCCUUGACAAAUGUUUUAUAACUUUCGUGCUUGUUGAUCUGAGCGGACAAUAACAUCCUAAGUGUAAUGGACGCGCUGUAGGCGGCUUGUUGCGAUGUUCCUCGGAGCGCUUCAGCUUUGUUUGCCUACUCGCUAAGUUGGUUUAAUGCAGCACCGAGUCGGCGAACAAUCUCUAACUUUAAAGUGUGAGGUCAGCACUCUGGACCAGACCUGGAUGUGAUGGACCACCCGUCCUCGGUAAUCACCCAAGUCAGCCGGGAUGAAGAGGGAAAUAAAGCUACAGGAGACAGGGGUUCUUCUCCCUCUCUUUCCUCCAAGAAGCCCAGGAGUGGAGGUCUCUUCUCUGGCUUUUUCUGCUGCCUAUGUCGGGACCAGCCUGAACCACCACCGGUCAACAACAAUGCCCCUCUGCUGGUCGAAGAGAACGGAACAGUCUCCAAGGUCCAGGUGAAGCCACUGCUGCCUCCAGCAAAGUCAAAAGACUCAGGAAAGAUCUGUGUGGUUAUAGAUCUGGAUGAGACAUUAGUUCACAGUUCUUUUAAGCCUGUGAACAAUGCAGAUUUCAUCAUUCCCGUGGAAAUAGAUGGAACAGUACACCAGGUGUAUGUCCUGAAGCGGCCCCAUGUCGACGAGUUCCUGAAGAGGAUGGGAGAACUAUUUGAGUGUGUCCUGUUCACUGCCAGUUUAGCCAAGUAUGCAGACCCAGUUUCGGACCUCUUGGACAAGUGGGGCGCUUUUCGCUGUCGCCUCUUCCGGGAGUCCUGCGUCUUCCACCGAGGAAAUUACGUCAAGGACCUGAGCCGCCUGGGUCGUGACCUCAACAAGGUCAUCAUUGUGGACAACUCCCCAGCCUCCUACAUCUUCCACCCCGACAAUGCAGUGCCCGUGGCCUCCUGGUUUGAUGAUAUGUCUGACACUGAGCUGCUGGACCUCAUCCCGUUUUUCGAGAGACUAAGCAAAGUGGACAACGUCUACACAGUCCUCGAGCACCAAGGGACCCCGAGCUAACAGUGUUUGACUUUUCAUCUCAGCUCUGAACAAAACACCAUACAAAACGGAAACACACACACACACACACACCAGCAAGGCUCCGGCACCAGCUUCAGCUAUCACUGCCCACCGGAGCGCAGACAGCUCUACAGCUAACAGACCCUUCACCUUCCCAGGAUCAAACCAACAUCAUGUCUGAGAGUCUUCAGUUACUUUGAAGGCGUCAUCACUGCCACCUUCUGGUCAAACAGAAGCUUGCCUGAACAUUGCCUUGCAGCUUUCCUCACUGAACCAACUGAUAAUGAGAGGACAAAUGAACGCUUAACAUUUCUGCAGUGUCACUGACAUAAUGAGGUUGGAGGUCAGCAGCCACAAAUCACCUGGACGCAGAUGGGGUACCGGACAUAGACUUCUCAUGGAUUCAGCAGUCUGAGGCUGCAAACCGAUGCGGGAUUUGUUAAGCGGGACUCAUGUAGAAAAGAAUUUUUGGAAAGGUUUACGUGCAGAUAAACCCGAUCAGCCUUGUCAGUGAAAAAACAGAUGGUGUAUAUGUACUGUAGAUACCUUUUAAAUAAUUUGGAGUAGCAUUAUCUUUGUCACACACCCUAAAUUCUUCAAUUAUCACACUAUUCAUCUGCAGGCAAAAGCAUGUGAUGCUCGGGUGUCAUUUUAGAGUUUUUAAAACAAUUUAAUCAGGUAUUUUAGAAUAUUAAUGUCAGUGUUAUGGGUGAAAGUGAUUUAAAAAGGUAGCUUCUUUAAAACCCAGUUGGAGCUGUAAUGUCAAGUGUAACCAGAAGUUGUUAAAUUAAUUAAUGACAAAUCAAUUGGACAGCACUUUACAAGUAUAGUCUAAAGUACAGCCUUCCUUGUUACUGCAGGCUAGAAGUUAAUUUUAGCACAAUUUAUUUACUAAACUCAACCUAAAAAUAUAGCAAUAUAUAAUAAAUGGGGGUCAUGAUAUGGGAUUUUUGGUAUUUACUUCUAGUAUCAAAUCAAACAGGUGGAAAAAAAAUCUGUUCUCUCUUGUUAUAGCAGGAAGAAACACAAAUUUUUGAUCCCUGGGAACAUAACCUUUUUUUCCAUGUUUAUUUUUUUCCAAGUGAAAAUAGUUGUAUAUCUUAAACAAUGAGCUCAGUUAAACAUGCUAAAUUGUUACCAAAUGUCAGCACUAAAACAGAUAAUUACUGCAGUAUUUUUCCCAAAAGCCUGACACUAAUUAGAAUAUCACACCAUCUGCAUGACAGACAGCUGCUGUGCUUAUUAGAUGUGGCUUUCCAAAGGCGGUUUAAAGAUCGCUGGACACCCACAAUGCAAUAUAUGUGUAAGUGUGUGUCAACAGAUGUUGUAACCGGUUGAUGUUAGAUAUAAGAGGACUGGUGCUGAUUCCUAAAACCACCUGGAAAUCUGUUAUUGUUAUUUGUGUUGUGUCAGAACCGCCUCCACUGACGUGUGGUCGGUUUUGUUACUUGUUUUAAAGCCGCCCACAAAACUUGAACUCUUCACUGCAUUUACAGACAGUUUUUGAACAGCUAAAGAAAGUCGAAAAAUGUUAGUUUGCUUGUCAGUUUUGCUUAUAUAAGCUUUGAACAAGAUUUUUUUUUUUUUUUUUUUUUUACCUAAGCGGUACACAUAGGCUGGAAACAACUUCAGGGUUUUGUAAUAAAAUAUGUAUCGAGGGGGGGACUGGUAUGAGGACCGAAGGCCUGGUGAACAGGCACACCUUUGAAAGCAACAAGUGGUUUAAUGCAGUCCAGAAACAAAGGAGAAAUCCACUCUGAAACACUUCAACACAGUUAACAGACAACAGUUGGUAAUAUAUACAUAUGUGUGUGUGUGUGUGUAUAUAUGUAUGUAUAUAUGCACACACACACACACACACACACACAUACAUCUUGCAACUCUGGGCCAUUUCUGCUAUUUGGCUGAGUCAGUCUGUUGGGUAGACAUGUAAUGUUAAGAUAAUUGCAGUGCAGCUAAGACACUUUAAAAGCAUGAUCAUUUAUGUCAGGUUGUGUUUUCUUAUGUGUAGUUGCAAUUUUACACAGGCAUUUAUUUUAAACAUCAUAUUUGGAACAUAAAUAAUAGAAAGUGCACAUUAUUCAUUACAGGCUUCCAAAAGUGUAGUCUGGGAAAUGUAGGAAAUCAUUAUGAGAAGUAGAAGUUUAACAAAAAAACGAUGGUGUGUUGCAGUGUGAAAAUACUUGUGUGGAAUUUUCCUUUAAAAAUUAGAACAGAUGUGGAGUGCAUUGCGUCUGUACUGCUUCUUAUUUCUCUUCUGUACAGUAUAAGAGGUGAUCAGAUGGUUGGUUUGACGGAGCAGCCUGGCCUCCAGUAGGUCUUUUAGGUCUCUCGCUGUCUCCCUCAUUUGCAUUGACAAUACCAUGCGUUGACACUGAUGAAUGAAAUGGUGGAUUUGACUAAGAGCCUCGAUAGCAUGUUUGUAAUGUGACUACUUAGAUGGAAAGGGGAUGACAAUUAAAUCCACCAUAUUAAGAACUAUAACAUUUUUCUAUAUUUAACAAAUCUUUGUCAAUCAAAUUAGCGUGUUUUUUUUUCUAAAUAAGAACUGAUUUUAAUUCAUUGUCACCCAGAAGUGGUCCUCUGAUAGAAUAUGUUUAGUUUGUAUUCGUUUCAAACAUUGUUCUUGUUUUCAUGCAAGACCUGGUCUGUUACCUCAUUAAUUGGUAAUCUAUGAAUCAGAAACCCCAGCAAAUAAGUAAAAGGAUAGUAAUUGCUGUUGUAGUUGCAUAACAGGGUAAUUAGUUUUGUAAGUGUGUUUUGUUUAAGUCAACAAUAACAUUUCUCAAUUAGAUUAAGGUCUGGAUUUGGCAAAGUGAAGUAUUUAUAGGAACACUGAGUAGUACCCAUAAAACAAGCGUGUCACUAUGGGGCCCAUUCGCUGAUACUGUACUUCUUACACAUUCAGUAGAUAUGUAUAUUUUGUUUUGCACAGUAAUAAAAGCAAACAAAUUUUAAUAUAUGGAAGAUUCUUGUUACUGUAUUAUUGAUUGAAUAGAUGAAUUCUAAUUUGUGACCUUUGUUGUACUAUCAUACCAAAAUAUAUAUACACAGACUGUCUGUAAUAAUGCCGUUUGUUCCAUAAAAGCUAAAUGAAAGCGCUGUUUGUGUUGAGUAGUUCCUCCUUUCAAAAGCAAAACAAACAAGUCUUUGGGCAUGGGAAUUUGAUUUUGAUGUGGUGUUUUGUGAGAAUUUUGGAUAGGUUUAACAAUUUGGACACUGAACAGUUAUUAAAAUAAACAUUAAGAACAGUAGUCACUUCAAACCUGUGUUCACUUGUGUAACCGGGAACAACAUUGCCAGCUCUUUGCUGAUGAUGGUUCAUCUUGGACAGAUUUAAUGUUGUCUUUGAGACUUUUAUCUUUCAUGAAGUGUUUUCAUUUAUUCAUCAUGUGUUUUCU